AUGGCGACUCCCAUCGACCGCGUGAACACGAAAGAUGAAGACGAUGGCGUUCAAGGUGGCCUCCUAGAAGACGGGCACCGCACAGCGAAUGCGGUGGCAAUCACCGACUCUGAUACUGCUGUCCUCGACAACGAUGAGGCCACACAGCUUGCUGGCUUGGGUGCUGGGGUGCGCGAUCAGGACGAUCUAGAAAGAGACAUUGGGCGGCAGGCCGAUAAGCUCCUACUCGAGCAGGCGGAAGAGCGGGAUCAAAAGCGGCUGAGCAAGGCGCAGACGGAUAAGGAUCGCUUGCUUGGACAGAUCCGGAGACUCGAGCAAAAGCUGACCGAGUUCGGCAACCAUGCGACCAAGAACAAGUAUCGUGCGGAGAUUGAGCACUACAAUGCUUUGGUUGCCACUCUCGAUACCGACCUCGAGCAGAUACAGAAGCGUAUCAACGAGCGACAUGCAGCGGCCGGCGGUCACGAUGGAGACGCUGCCGCGGAUGAAGAUGCCGCGAACAAACGAAUGCCCGGCGAGAGUCAGCGGGAAUUUCUCAUCCGGACCGGCAAGAUCACCCCAUUCUCCAAGAUGGGCAGACAACUGUUGAAGACUUCAUCCAGCCUAGGAGACGUGCUGUUGGAUGCAGAAGAAGAGGAGGGUGGAGAAGUCGAAGAACAGAAGCAAGAUGGGGCGAGCGAGCAGUCGGCGACACGAGAAGGUCCGAUCUCGCAUCGAAAUCUUCGUGCGCCCGGUUUUGACCAGUCCGAUUCUGCUACCACCAGCGAGGAAGAAUAUGUUUCUGGUAGGCCUGCGAAGCGGCGACGACUGCAGACACGAAGAUCCAUUCGCGCGCUGUCCGACGAGCCCAACGCGCCCUCCGAUGGCUCGGAUGCGUAUGUCUCAGGCGAAGAUCAAGCUGACGCCGCCGGGAUUGAUGAGUCUGUUGAUGACGACGCAGACAGUGAUUUGGAGCCCACACUCGCAACUACGCCGGGUAUCAAACGCAGGGGCAAAAGCAGGGUGAUGAUCAGACCUUCGGCAGAUGAUGAGGAUGACGAUGCAGACGACCAAGAAGACCUAGCAGGCGUAGAUGAUGGCAAUGAACAAGUGUAUCAAGCACGUCUCAACAGCUGGGUGCGAAGACGCGGUGCCGCAAGAUCGAAGUUUCAACAGCUCCAGGCACCCAAUGGUCCGCAAGAAGCCGAACACGAAGACGGGGAUGUGAUCAACGAGCGCGACGGGACGCAGAAAGAGUGGCAUCUACCCCAUCCCAGUCGAACGGACACCGAGUUCGAAGGUGGCUUCCGCAUCCCGGGAGAUAUCUAUCCAUCGCUCUUCGACUACCAAAAGACUGGGGUAAAGUGGCUGUGGGAGCUAUACUCGCAACAAGUUGGCGGCAUCAUCGGCGAUGAGAUGGGCUUGGGCAAAACAAUUCAGAUCAUUUCGUUCCUCGCUGGCCUGCACUACUCCGACAAGCUUACCAAACCGAUCGUUGUGGUUUGCCCCGCGACGGUCAUGAAGCAAUGGGUCAACGAGUUUCAUCGUUGGUGGCCUCCGCUUCGAGUGUCCAUAUUGCAUUCUUCUGGAAGCGGGAUGUUCGACAUGAAAAGGGAGGCCAGGAUCGAAGAUGAUCUUGAGAUGACCGGGUAUAGCCGUGGUAAGACCUUGAGUAAGGGACACAAAUCAGCGAAGCGCAUCAUCGACAAAGUCCUCCACGACGGACAUGUUCUGGUCACCACCUACUCCGGCCUGCAAACAUAUGCCGAGCUCCUCAUACCGGUAGAUUGGGAGUACGCAGUUCUCGAUGAGGGCCACAAGAUCCGGAACCCCAACACCGCCAUCACCAUCUACUGCAAAGAGCUCCGAACGCACAAUCGCGUCAUCCUUUCCGGGACGCCGAUGCAGAACAACCUGCAAGAACUGUGGAGUCUGUUUGACUUCAUCUUCCCCAUGCGCCUCGGCACGUUGGUCAAUUUUCGCAACCAAUUCGAGAUCCCGAUCAAGCAGGGCGGGUAUGCAAACGCCUCGAACCUUCAAGUGGAGACGGCAAUGAAGUGCGCCGAGACGUUAAAAGACACGAUUAGCCCAUAUCUUCUGCAGCGAUUCAAAGUGGACGUUGCUGCAGACUUGCCCAAGAAGAGCGAGCGCGUACUCUUCUGCAGGCUGACCAAACUACAGCACGACGCCUACGAGUGGUUUCUCGAGAGCGAAGACAUGAAAAGCAUCCUCGCCGGCAAGCGGCAAGCGCUCUAUGGCGUGGACAUCUUACGCAAGAUCUGUAACCAUCCCGACCUGGUGGAGCACAAAACUCUGUCGAAGAAGGCCGGUUAUGCGUACGGCAUGGGCAGCAAAUCGGGCAAGAUGCAGGUUGUCAAGGCGUUGCUGGAGAUUUGGAAGAAGCACGGCCAUAAGACGUUGCUGUUUGCUCAGCAUCGGAUCAUGCUGGACAUCCUCGAGAAGUUCGUGCGAGAGAUGGAUGGCUUCAAAUACCGACGCAUGGAUGGCAACACGUCCAUCAAGGACCGGCAGGAUCUGGUUGACGAAUUCAACCGCGACCCCGAUAUCCAUGUUUUCCUGCUCACCACCAAAGUCGGUGGAUUGGGCGUCAAUCUUACUGGGGCGGAUCGCGUCAUCAUAUACGACCCGGAUUGGAAUCCCUCCACGGAUAUGCAAGCAAGGGAGCGAGCAUGGCGAUUGGGUCAAAAGCGAGAGGUGGAAAUCUAUCGGCUGAUGACCGCCGGGACAAUCGAGGAGAAGAUCUAUCACCGACAAAUCUUCAAGCAAUUCCUCACAAAUAAGAUCCUGCGCGAUCCAAAACAGCGGCAGACGUUUCAGCUGAGGGAUCUGCACGAUUUGUUCACGCUUGGCGACACUCUGGAGGGCGGGCAGACCGAGACCAGUAAUAUCUUCAAAGGCACAGAGGUCAAUCUCGCUGCCCCAAGAGCCAACAUGCAGGAGCAAGGCCUACCAACACCACCAGAAGAUGAGAACGGCCAGCACGUUGGGGACAUUACGGGUGUAUCCCGGCAAGAAAGGUAUCGCGGCGAGGAUAUGGCAGCCAGUGGCGAUGCCGGGACAGAUGACCCGGCGUCGGGCAAAGACGACCGUAUGCUAUCCUCCAUCUUUGCCCGAUCUGGGGUACACAGCGCUCUUGAGCACGAUGCAAUCAUCAACGGUCGAAAGGCGGUUCGCGCGGAUCCCGAAAUGAUUGCGCGUGAGGCGAGAAAGGUCGCUCGUCAGGCUGCGGCAGAGCUGCAGCGGGCGGGCGAGAUCGCGCGCACCAUCCCCGCCGGCGUGCCGACGUGGACUGGCGAGUUCGGCGUCGCGGGGCGACCGGAUGACAUGGCGCCGGGGUCUCGCCGUGGCGGCCGAGGGGGCGCUCGAGGUGGCAGUGCUCGAGGCGGUCCAUCUUCCGCAUCUGUCCUGGCGAACUUGCAAGCACGCCAGAUGGGUGUGGUCUCCUCUCCCACUGCCUCAUCCAGCAGGUCCAACACUCCGCUCUCCCGGCGCGAACGCGAGCAGCAGCCAAAGGGCAAGGACUUUCUUGUCCUCAUCCGCGACUACCUGAUGGCGCAGGGGGGCCAGGCGUACACGCAGAUGUUGAUUGAUCACUUCAAUCGCUUUUGCAAGACCGAGCAGAGGACGGCGGAGUUUAAGGAGAUGUUGAAGACGAUUGCGGUGUUGGAGAAGGGAGGGAGGGGUCGGGGAAAGUGGGUGUUGAGAGAGGAGUAUACGCCGCGCGCUGCGUGA